AUGGUUGAUUGAUUGAUUAAAAAUUGGUUGGAGAAAAAUUUUUUCUUUCUGGCAUUUUUCUAAUAAAGUGGAUAAUAAAUUAAAGAUUUAAUUUUAUUUAGAAGUAAUUUCGUAGCUCUAAGUAAUUCAAAUUUUAUUUGAAAAUGUUGAAUGCAGCCAGAACUGUUAUUCGAAGAAUAUCCAAAAAUGGAGUACGGUUUUCAUCUUACGACUCAUCUUCUAAAGAGAAAGCCUUCGCUCACAUGAAUCAACUUCCAGUUCCUAAGGGAUCCUGGCAAAAGAAUUACGAUGCAAAACAAAAGACAUAUAAUAUGCAACUGGUAGCAGGUCUUUCAAUUUUGGGUGGUACCAUUACAUAUAUAGUGCAAUCAGAUAGCUUCUUCUUCAAUGCUUUCCCACCGAAAAUUCCAGAAGGUGAAAAAUGGUAAAUUAAAACAAAUUUUUCACAGUAACAAUAGUUGUAUACUUUCAAAUAAAUAUUAUAUUCCACGGCUAUUAUUGUCAAUAAAAAGGAUUUAAAAAUUAA